AUGCCGCGGCCCCCGCAGGCCCACGCGUCGGCCCCCGCCGGCCCAUCCACCCGCGACCCUCCUAACCCUAGCGGCCACGCGCGCCUGCCCUCCCGACCGCCCUCGCGACGCCGCCGCCGCCCGGCCACGCGCACCCGCGCCGCGCCCGUCCCAUCCCCUGCCUCGGCGUCCGUACCAGGAGCUGAGGGAUGCACGCCGCGUGUCCCUGCCCUCGCACGGACGACGAGGAUCACCGCUCGCCUCGCCGUGCAGCGCCACCGCGACCCCGAGCCGCCACGGCAGCGCCUCCGCGUCUGCCGUCUCCACCACGCCACCGGAGCCCCCUCGACCCUGUCCGCGCCGGCGCCGACCGCGAGCUCCACUCCGCCUCGCCGUCGAGCCACGCCGCCGAGCUGGGACGCCUUCGCCGCGGCCACCUCUGUCCGCCGUCACCAGGAAGCCGCGGCGUCGAGCCUCCACCAUCGCGCCAUCCACCUCGACGAGCCAACACCGUGGCGCCGUCUUCUUCCAUGGACCGCGACGCCAUCGGCGCUUUUCCUCGCCACCGAGCUGCACCGCGAACUGGAGCAGCAAGCUUCGCCGUGCUCCUCCUCGCCGACGCUGUGCCUCGCCACCGCGGUGUCGUCCUCUGUGACCACACCGAGCAGGAGCUCCGCCACCGCGUCCACCUCUUCUUCCUCGCCGGAGCUUCUACCCUGCCGCCGGAAAGACGCACCUCCACCCCUCGACCACGGCGUGCCUCUGCUCCAAGCUGCCGUUCCGCGGCGUCUCUGUGACCUCCACCUCGGACGCCCGCUAGGAGCAGCAGCUGCCGGACGUCAGCGUCUACCCCGCCGCCGGCGACCACCUCCCCUUCCCCUCGGGGAAGCAGCCGACCUUGCAGCACCCUUGGCUGACUCCGUCGCCCCUCCGGCCACCUGUGCCCUGUCCUGGCCGCCUGCUGCCCCUUUCCUGGCGACAGCAGCCAACCCCGGCCACCUGCAGCAAGCCAUGGCCAAGCUGCAGCAAUCCACGGCCAAGCCGUGGCAAGCCACAGCCGGCCGACAGCAAGCAGCAGCCCACCGAGUGCAGCAGCAGCGGGCCGCAUCCUGCUGGAGUGCGCCAUAG